AUGGCCUCAGCCGGGGGCUUGACUCGCCGGAGAGGUGGCGGUCGAGCUACUGGCCCGGACGAUAAUGAUGACAGCCGAGUAUCCUCCCCUGUCCCCCGGAACGGCUCCGCGAUGGACAAUCGCAUCCCCGAGACGUCAUACACGAACUCAGAGAAUGGACACAAGAUCGCCUUUGAUCCUAGGGAUAUCAGCGAAACGGAGGAACGAAGCAAGCAACCGAAACUUACACUCAUGGAAGAGGUGCUCCUGCUGGGGUUGAAGGACAAACAGGGCUACUUGUCAUUUUGGAACGAAAACAUUUCUUACGCUUUGCGAGGAUGUAUUGUCAUUGAGCUGGCACUCCGCGGCCGAGUUAGCAUGCAGAAGGAUUCCUCUCGACGAAGGUUCCCCCUAGCCGAUCGGGUGAUUGAAGUUAUCGAUGACACAUUGACGGGAGAAGUCUUGCUGGACGAGGCAUUGAAGAUGAUGAAGUCGAGUGAGAAGAUGAGCGUGAACUCUUGGAUCGACCUGAUGAGCGGCGAGACUUGGAACCUGAUGAAGAUCGGAUAUCAAUUGAAACAAGUGCGCGAGCGUCUCGCUAAGGGCCUUGUAGACAAGGGAAUCCUCCGAACGGAAAAGCGUAAUUUCCUCCUCUUCGAUAUGGCCACCCACCCCGUCGCCGAUGGCGGCGCCAAAGAAGACCUCAACCGCCGAGUGCGCAACAUCUGCAGCAGUCGCACUGUCAUCCUGCCAGCCAACCAAUGGCUUCCCGAAGACAUCGAGUUCCGCUACCUACGCACAAUCACCAUGGUGUGCGCCGCCUACGCCGCGAACGUCUUAGAGAAUGCGCUGGUCACCAUGAGCCAUGAAGCUCGAGAACGGGCCUUUGCACAGGUGGACGAACUUCUGGCCGAGUACUCCCAGUGGCCAUUUGCGCGACGCCCAGGCGGCUCCCAAUCUAUUGGGGCUAAUUUGGCCCAGGCCAUCAACGACGAAAUAAGCAAGGGCAGUGACAAGGAGCUUCAGCUUGAGGUAUUACCAACCAAUUCCUCAACCAAAACCACGGACAUUGAUUAA